CCACGGUCACACUGUCUCCUAAUUUUUUCGCCGUCGCCGUCGUUUGUUUUUGGAAAUGUCAAUUGUUGUGAAAAUAUCUGCUUAAUUGUUAAAAACGCCCAAUCGGAAAAAGCACAAAUAUUCGCAAAAAAAUUUGCGCACAAGCAGCACAAUGAAUGAAUAAAACCCCCCAACUCUUUGCAAAGCCCCGCCCCCCAAAAUUGUGCCAAAAAGCAAGGAAAGCAGAGAUAAGAAAAGAAGAAGAGUACUGGAGAUCAGCGAGAUAUUGCAAGUCGGAUAACAACAGCAAAAACAACAACGUGGGAUUGGAUCGCCUCAGAAUUGCAACUAUCUUCUGGUGUUGUUGUUGUCGCCCGAUUACACUUCUUUCGUUGGAAACGUUUGUGCAGCAGCAGCUCUGAAUGUCUUUAUGCUUUAAUCAUGGUGUAUUUCGCCACCAACAACAACAACACCGACACUACACGCUGCUAUAUUAGAAUCUUUCUGAUAACGAACCAUGACAGAAGGACAUGAAAGCGACUUCUUAGUAACAGUACGCGCACAGGUAAUGACCAGAGACGAGAGCACCGAGGGCUGGCUUCCGCUGGCCGGGGGUGGCCUGGCCAAUGUUUCGAUCCGGAAGCGGGCUAGGCUAUCCCCAUUGGCAUCGGGUCAUGACUACAUCAUCUACGGGCAGAGGAUAUCCGAUCAGAGCGUCAUCUUGAGCUGUGUGAUCAAUCGUGAUCUGAAGUAUUACAAAGUAAUGCCCACAUUUCAUCAUUGGCGCGCAGGGAAGCAGCGUAAUGGACUCACAUUUCAAACGGCCGCCGAUGCGCGAGCCUUUGACAAGGGCGUCCUGCGCGCCUACAACGAGCUGAUCGAUGGACUGGCCAAAUCGAAUCCAACGAUAAUAUGCCCACCGCUAACCAAAUAUGAUUCGGUUGGCGAAGAUGAUGUAUUCAUGACCCUGGACUUACCUGUGGAAAGCGAGAGUUUACAAAAGAUCCAUUCAAGCCCCGAGGGCAGCGAGAAAAGUCACAAGAGCGUCAGCAACAACUCUGACUCAGAGAAGCUGCCUCCGCCGCCCAUUCACUACAUAUCCACGGACAAAACAUCGGCCACCACGUCGCCGCCAGACGCACCGCCCGCUUCUGCUGCUCCAUCGCCGGCGACCGCCGGCCAGAUUGCGGCCAGUGAGAACUACUCGUACGUGACGCUGACGGCGGUGCACCACGACUACAACUAUCCAGUGGUGGACCAGCCUGUGGGGGCGCAGGUGCUCAAUGCUCGGAGGGAGUCGAUCAGUGCACUAAAGAAGCGCAACGCUCUGGAGGCGGCGCAGGCGAUGGCGGCGGCUCAGACGGCGGCGGGUGGAGGACUGGCCUGUCGCGACGGGGGAUCGGGAAAGCCGCUGCACAAGCCAAACGUAUCCGACAUCCUGAAGAAGGAGACGCGCCUGCGAUGCCGCUACUGUCACGAGCUGUACAGCGAGGACUUCAAUCGACGGGGCGCCUGCGAAUAUGCCCCGGAUCCCUUUCGCAGCGGCUACGAGUGCAUCUCCGGGAUGGGCUGUGCCCGUUGCAUGAUCUACCACUGCAUGAGCGACGCCGAGGGCGAGACGGCCCAGCAUCCGUGCGACUGCAGCGCCAGUGAGGCCGGUUGCAGCAAGCGCUGGUUGGGCCUGGCGAUCCUCUCGUUGUUCGUGCCCUGCCUGUGGUGCUAUCCGCCGCUCCGCGCCUGCCACUUGGCCGGCAUCCACUGCGGCCUCUGCGGCGGGCAGCACAAGCCGCAUGUCUGACAUUUGGAGGCCCGCUUGCAAGGACAGCACGAUGAUGACCCCAGGCCCAGAAGCGAAUUCCACUACCACCACUCCGAGCAGAGCAUAAUGAACAGCGCCAAGCGUCCGUGGGGCGCCAAGCAAAAGCAGUCGCAGCAAUCGCAGUCCCAAUCGCAGCGUCAUUUUUACAACUGGGAGCUGUCGCACAGCUUGGGUGCUCCCCAGCAUCAGACUCCUCCGUAUUUAAUGCAAUCAACUGACAGGAAGGCACCUCAGAACGAUUACGGACGCUUGCUAUUCUAGGCUUUAUCCAUGAUGACAGCCUGAGGACCCAUUUCGGCAAACUAAUUACCAAGAAGUACUGAAUAUUUCACCAGAUCUAAGAAAUCUUAAAGAUAUCUGAAAGUGGACAAGGAAAUGUUAUUCCGAUAAAUAGCAAGAAAACAAUGUUUUCAUACUGUUGAGAUGAAAUCGCGUAGAUGAAAAGCACAGCUUUUUAAAAUCAGGUGAAAGAAGAAAGUGUAGAAACCAAUUCAGCUUGGAAAUCAGUUCGCCGAAAUGGGUCUGUGGUUCGAUUUUAGUAUCAUUUCGGUAUACUCCAUUUAAAUUGCCAUAAUUAAUUGUAUAUACAAAAGAGCAGGAAGGAUUAUGUAUCUAAUUUUAAUAUACUUUAAAAAUUGUGACUUAUGUUUAGUGCUCUCGCUUAAUUAUAGUUUUGUAAAAACGGGCUAUUUGUUUUUAUUCGUAACUGAAACACUUUUUUUAAAAAUCAAAAUAUUAUACAAUGAUUGUUUUAGUUUUAGUUGUUUAGGGUUUUUUGCUAUUUUACACUUGCUUGUUUACAAUUCGAAAUUGGAGAACAGUAUUAAAAAGGCCGAGGCAAAGGCGAAACGAGAACUAAAUAUAUUUAAAUGCGAUUUUCUCUGCGCGAUUCCAAUUUGUUAAUCAAUGUCACGCGCUCAAAACUCACACGAAAAGUUCAAACAAACGGCAACCUGAUGCGCAAAUGAAUAAAUAAAUCGACACACGCAACUAGGCAGAAGAAUUAGGUGACGACACAGCUGUCAAGCCGUUCUUCUCUGAACCUGAAGAAGAAUUACAAAUUGUAUUCGACUCCUCUAGCAAAAGAGUCCGCGGCAAUGCUCAAGUUUUGUGCGUUCGCUAUGCUCGGCAAUUGUUACUUAAGCGAGAUUUAGUUCAAAACUAUGUACCCAUUUGGUUGCCUUAUAAAAAGGAUGUUUUUGUCUCUUCUUAGGGCUCAUGAAGAUUCAAAAUAUUCCUUUUGUCACGAACUCAAAACAUUUGUUUUCCAAAUCUUUUGUUCAGCGUAGAAAUAGAAUGCGAAAUGAGAAACCAAUUAGAAUUAGAGGGCCGUUGGACAAACAAAGAACGCAGCAUUGCUCGAUUGGAUAUCUUUUGCAACUAAAUAAUUCUAGAAUGCGAAGCAAUUUGUAAUUUUGAUUAAAAUGCUAAACACUUUGGGCGGUUUAUAAAAUGGCCGAAAGAAGAGGCAUUAGAGCAAAGGGGUAAAAAAACAAAACAAUUUAAGUGUUUUCAAAAAGUCAACAAACUCAUAUAUGCAGCUAUAUAUAUAUAUAAAAAUAAUAAAAAACAUUAAUUUAUUUCUUACUAUAUAAUUAUUGUUGUACUAAGUCAGUGAGAAAACCCAUGAAAGAAAGAAAUUCACACGAAAACUAAAACAAAAUGCAUAUUUAUUAAAAAUAAGCAAAGGUUGUGCAAAAAAACACAUUAAAAAGCAACAUUAUUAUUGUAAAAAUUAACUAAAUACGGCAAUUGUUAUUAAAUGUGCAAAAUUCAGCAAACACAUUGAUACAAACCUCAGAAAACACAAGCCAAGAUCUGAAAACGGACAUCAAUGGAAGGGAAAGGAAAUUUUUGAAUUGAAAAAUAAGGCAAGAUGAACCGAGAACGGAUCAAACGGAAACAAAACACUCAACAACAAGAAGUACAAAAUGUUAAAUAUGUAUCUAUAAUUUACACUUACGUUUUAUAUUACUCUCUAAUUUACACGCUUACUCAACGGAAAAUAGCUAACUAUUAUUACAAUCACAAUCGUCCUCGAACACACAAUAAAACUAGAUCAAAAGGCGGAAUUAUUACUUUAGCUAAAAUAAAGGUCACCUUUUGCAAUUAUUUUUGUUCUCUCCUUUAUUGUUUCACAUCGAAAUCAGCAAAAUGGUUAAAAUAGCCACAUAUACUCAUAUUAAAUUGAAAAGAAAAGUGUCAUUGCAGAAAGAUAAAGAAAAUAGUAAUAUACAUAA